AUGGCCUCGUCUUCCCUCUCCGUCGCGGUCUGCAUGUACAACCGGAUGACCUCACUCGACUACCAGGGUCCCAUCGAAUUUCUCGCCGCGCUCUCCGCCAAGACCAAGCCCUACAUGUUCAAGGAGAAGGCGGAUAGCCUGCCCACGCUCGGGCCCUUCACGUACCUUUCUCACACCCUCGAGCCUGUCGCGCCGGGUUAUGCUGGCGAGGCGGGUCCGCGACUGACGCCCGACAAGACGUUCGGCGAGGCCAAGGAGCAGUUCGAUAUCAUCAUGGUGCCGGGAGGCAUCCCGGAGGUUCCGCAAGAGCUGAACGACUUCCUGAUCCGUCAGGUGCCCGGGGCGAAGUACGUUCUGACGAUCUGUACUGGCUCCUGGGUCCUCGCGCGCACGGGUCUCCUUGACGGCAAGCGCGCCACCGGCAACAAAUUUGUCUUCAAGGAGAUGCUGGCCGAUACAGCCUCGCACAGCAUCCAGUGGGUUGCGCGCGCCCGCUGGGUUGUGGACGGCAAGUUCUGGACGAGCUCGGGUGUGACGGCAGGUGCAGACAUGGCGAGCGCUUUCGUCACGCAGAUCGCAGACGAGGCUACCGCGCAGACGAUCCAGAACGUGAUUGAGAUGCGCGCGAAGGGGCAGGAUGAUGACGAGUUCGCGGCCGUGUUUGGGCUCCUCCGGCUUCGGCUUCCGCGCAAAACUAAUCACCUUCACGUAUGCCCGACACCAGACGCAUUUUCCUUCCCAAGGCUCCACAUUUUUGAUGCGAAAAUCGAACGCCUAGCCGCACACCGCACGAGAAACGAAUGGCAACUCCGUCGUUCCAACACUUUGGUUCCGCGAAGCUUGAUUGCCAGCCGGUUUUCCGUCUUCCUCAUUCACGCCUUUACGGAAGGCAGAGCACAGGACGUACACAGCUACUCAGUCGAACAUGUUCUGGACAGCAGACUUCAGCAAACACGCCUUCGACAUAUCUCGCACCACCACCCUCUAUCCUCCACCUCAGCAUCUCUCACGCCGCGCACCGCUAUGGCACGCACCUUCUGGUUCUUGGGCGCCACGGGGAAGUUCUAUCCAGGUCGCGUCCAGUUCGACGUUUGGCUCAACGAAAGAGUGCACCCAAAUGGAGUCCCCCAGUUUGGCGCCCAUAGGAUAGUAGCCCAUACCCUGGCCAACAACAGGGUGUACCUCUACUCCCAGGUUUACAUGCACAACGGGGUAACGGGGUUGGUGGAGUGGGUCAACUACUUCCUGCCGCCUCCGCUCACGGUCAUGGAUUUUGGCUGGCGUGGGCCGCAUAAUCCUGUGAAUCCUGCGCCGCCGCUGAUGAGGGUUUACGGUCAGAUGAUGGUGGACGACCUCAACCCCGGGCCUCUCCCAAAUGGCGCUCCGCGACCUCAGGUUCCGGCAAAUGGCGUCAGGCUUUACUGGCACCAUAAGACCGAGGCACGGACUAAUGGCGUGCGCAAAAUGUACUACAUCCCCCACACGCGGAGGGGCAGGGCAUACCUCACAAAAAUCAAGAUACCGGCCGGCUCAAAGGGCGACUGGUUCCGAAGGCUUCGUUGGGCUACCCAGGUCCAGAACUACCGUGCGGCGCUGAAGAACUAG